AUGUACUGCAGAGGAACCAAGACCCCUCCCCUGGGUGCCCCCUCCCUCCCCUGCCAAACCAAUCCCACCAACCAAACCCACAAAUAUGCUGCCAUCCCUGUUUACCCCACUUCGUGGAAGGCGGUGAAGCUCUGGGCGACCCUGGAACACCUGGGAAUCACUGGGGGGCUGGUGGGGAAACAGAGGGGUGUUAGGACCAAGCCGAAGGCCGGCCCGGGUAAGGUGGGGGUUAGGGUGUGGGGGGAGGAGCCCAUACACCUGUGGAGGUGGGCGUGGGGGGGGCAAGUUUUCCAUGAUAUGGCAGUUGGGGUUGGAACUCGGCAGGCCCAAUUCCAGUGA